UUCCAUUUCAUUCCAUGCCAUGCCAUACCAUGCUAUGCCAUUCCUAUGCUAUGUGUUGGUUCCUGUUACUGGUUAUUUUUAUUAUUUAUGUGCAUUUUGAUGCGGAUGGCCAGUUGUAGUUGCUUUAUGUGUUAUAUUUAUUUUUAGUUGCAAUUUUGUUCCUGUUUUGUUUUGCGAAAAAUACAAUUUUUCAUACCAGAGCCGAAAAAGUUUGUUAUUGAAGCAGAGCAAGAGUCGGUUGUGGGUAGAUGUGGCGAGAGGUAGAGGUAGAGGUAGAAAGAGUUACAUUUUUGCGUAUUUUCGGUUAUAAAAUUGUAAUGCAACGGCAGCUGACAAAAGUUUUGAGCAUCAGCUGACUUUUGUACAGCAGAAGUUUUACUUAUAUACCAGUAAUACUCUGUCUUUAUUUAGCUAUAUAUAAUGUAUACAUACAGGCUUAAUUAGCUGUAGAUCUGCCAAGAGUUGAGCCAUCAAUUGAAGAUGCUCAGCGUUGCGCACAGUUGCAGCUACAUUUACAUCGUUUGCAGCUUUGCAACUUUGCAGCUUUGCAUCUUUGAGCUGCAACUGUGCACGACGAGCGCCCAUUAGGGCAGCUUUAAUUUCCGCCUCACACAUGGUGGAUAUAGCUUUAUCUAUAUAGUUCCGAUUAACGUAGCGAAGCGCUGGCCUGCCUUAAUGAGGCGUCUGCUUGCCGUUGAGGCUGACGUAACGCACGCACCAGGCAGACCAUCAGCCCUGCCCCGCCCCCCAUGGCUACCGCUUCUGGCCAACUGUGCAUUGUGUGUAAAUUUGUUACCAUUUUUUUUACAUUGCUGCUGUCGUUGUUGUUGUUGUUGUUCGGUCUCUGCGUGUGUUUGCUUGCCUCGUAUUGCACAUAAAAGGUAAUUUCUAAUUUGCUGGUGUUUUAUUGUUUCUUGUGCGCAGUUUUAUGGAGGUGCCGGCAGUAGCAGCAGCAACAACAACAACAACAACAAACAGCAAAUGCCGACUUAUGCAACAGCUCACAUUUGGGCCCAGACCCAGGCAGCGAUGCGGCAGAGGCAGCGACGCAUGCGCUCAAAUUACAUGGCAGCUGUUGGCACUGCCACUGCGACUGUUGCUGCUGCUGCUGCUGCCGCUGUUGAAGAGCUGGCUCUGCUCGUAAAAGCAUAACGGCGUUCAUUAAUCAUGCAAUCCACGUCCAAACGUAACGAAAACCUAAACGUAAACGAGGCUAGAACCAAAAGCGUCUAGAAAAACUCUUCCAAUCGACAACUGUUGCCAAUUAGCAGCAACAUGCAAAGCGCAUUUGCAAAUGGCAACAGCAUCAACAACAACAGCAGCAGCAGCAGCAUCAGCAACAGCCACGGGGUAGCACCAGCUAACAAACAAAAAAUGAAGCCAAAGAGCGCUUGUUUUUUCCGCUAGCCAUAGAUUUGUCUAAGCUGCGGAGCUUACGAUUAGAUUAUAAAGUCUGAACUCUCCAGCCAGAUGAAAUAGGGGCUAUAUAUAAACUUGAUUGGCCAGCUAAUUGCCUGAUCAGUUGAUGGAGGGCAGAAAGCAACCAAAGCCGGAAAUGUACCAUAAAAAAGUUACAAUUAUAGAAGUAACUAACACUAGCAGUUGAUAGCAUUGCUAGAACAACAAGAGACUUUGGCGAAAUAUCUCAUGCUAUGUAAAAUCUUAUUGGAAAAUCCACAACUGCUGCAUUCAUUCAGUAUAAAACUAAGCCAAGUAAAUUCCCUCGUAGUUAUUCUCAUUUCAAGUAAGGAAAAUUGAAGACUUCUAUCCUAUUUCAUAAAAUGAAUUAUAUUUUUAAUCUGCCUAUAUUCUAUUCCCAUUUCACUUAACCUAACUUUAGAGAGCAAAAUUUCUGUGCAAGCCCAAGACAUGCGAUAUUUAAUUAGCAAAAAAAUAGGUAAAAACAAUUUGAGUUGAUCCUGUUUGCAAGUUAUAUAAGAUUUAGGCCAUGUGCUAUGAAGAGCUCUUAAUAAUCACCUUUUUCCGUUACCAACUACAGUUUAGCACCUUUUUGUAAGACACCAGUCACUGACCUGGAUUGCCCAUAGCUGUAGCCACAUCAACCCACUCAAACCUGGCAAAAAUGGGUCACUUAUCUACCUGUCAGCCUAAAGCUACCUGUCAGCCUUUAAAUUCUGUCUGCCAAUGCAGAAAUUGCAUCAUUUGUUGAGCGACACGCAACGAAAGUGUUUCACACUGUGAGAGCAAAAAUAAAUCUACUCAAUUGACAAAUUAGACAGCUGACAAUGUCCGAGUUUGGGAGCAGAAGCGGCAAUAGAAUCAUGGAGAGCCUGGGCUAUGCCCUGUACUUGCACUGCCAGGAGCUGAGGCGCCCGAAGCGCUGCCGUCGCCUGAUGCGCGUGGCCAGCACCAAGCUGCAGCUGACCAAUGAAUUAAUCUGGCAGCAACGUUGCCAAUGGCAGCUGGCGGCGCCGAGCUAUCAGGAGCGCAGCGCACUGAAUCGUGAACGUCAAUAUCGCGACAUACUCGAGCAAAAUAUGCAGCGCCAGCAGCUGAAGCAACAGCAACAGAAGCAACAACGGCUACAGCACGCAACACGCUCGAAGCUCGAGGCUGGAAGCUCAAACAGCAUCCAGUUUAAGAUAGAUUAGUUGCAGCGCCGCGGCGUUUACGUUAAGAUCUCCGAGUUAAAGCGAUAUGCAAUAAAGGCGCAUAAAUCAUCAAAGAGCAACUGCUGUGGCUGCUGCUGUUGCUGCUGCUGCUGUGGCUGAGCCAGCUCGCUGGGUGUGAACGAAAAACAAGCCAAAGUGUUUGGCUUCUGACACCGUCGACGUGCACCAGGGGGCGACUUUUCGGGCUGAGCGCAAAGAAAGUGCAACAGCAACUAACUGCAGAGCCACAGCCAUAGCACAGCCACAGCCACAGCCCCAGCCACAGCUAGAGGAACAAGAACAACAGCCGCAACUGGCAAGUUUUUCAAUUUCCUGCAGCCAUUAUGCAGCGGCUAAUAGAGCGGAGAGUGUGACACGGUGCAAGUGGAAACGAACUUUAGCAGCAGAAUAUGGGCAGGGGCAUAGGAAUAGUAGCAAUAAAGUUAACUUUAAGUGUAUUUAUGGGAAUAUUCAAUUUGAAAUUAAAAUGAGAAAAAUAAUUUGAUAUAUCUUAUUAUUUCAUGGUAUUUCUACAUUAAAACCUAGUCUCACAGACUAUAAUUACUUCACAGGGUAUAAUUACUUCAGAUGACUAAUAAUAGCUAUGCUAUUAUACCCCACAGCUCUUAUUUGAACUCCAGCCCAAUCACAAUAAAUAUAUCAAUAGUCUAUCGAUUGUUACACGAUUCUACCCUAUAGACAUAUUUCAUGUCUUUUAACAUCUAAUAUUACUAUACUACAAUUCUCAUACUUAUUAUCGCCAAAUCUUCUCUUAUUCUAUAUUACUUUAUUUAAUAAUUCAUAUUCUUAUUAUUUCGAACUGUUCUCUCAUUUUGCAAUCCCACUCACGCGCCCAUCUCUAGCAAGUACUUUUUAGUGGUUGCACUCGGUUAGUCGGCAAUUGCAACAGCUGCUCUGCUGGCCAUUGACGUUUCAAGCGGUUCUCGCACGGGCUUUUUUUCUCGCUUGAUUUGUCACUCACAGCCACGCAGCGGCACACGCACACGCACACACACACACACUUAGAUAGCGUACCCAACGGAAAAGUAAACCUGUCCGUCUGUCUCAGAACCGGUAACUGUUUUGCCAGGCGUUGCGGCGCUUUCUUUUUGCCCAAUGCCAACGGGCAAAGGGGCAUAUCGAGUCGGAGGCUUCGCUUUGUCUCUCAUCUUGGCACAGGCGCAUUUUUAUUUAGUUGCAAUACCUUUAGACCCACUAACACUCUCCCGCCCCGCUCCGCACCCA